GGCGGGCGGAUACUUAAGGCGCGGCCACCGCGGCUGCGGCAGUGCGCCCAACAGCGGACUCCGAGAGAUCGGCGGACUUUGCCGAACCACGCUCGCUCUCAACCACUCAACCACCGCUCUUGGAACCAUGGCGGCAGUGGCGGCAGCCUCAGCUGAGCUGCUCAUCAUCGGCUGGUACAUUUUCCGCGUGCUGCUGCAGGUGUUCCUGGAAUGCUGCAUUUACUGGGUAGGAUUCGCUUUUCGAAAUCCUCCAGGGACACAGCCCAUUGCGAGAAGUGAGGUGUUCAGGUACUCCCUGCAGAAGCUGGCGUACACGGUGUCGAGGACCGGGCGGCAGGUGCUGGGAGAGCGCCGGCAGCGAGCCCCCAACUGAGGCCCCAGCCCCCAGCCCUGGGCGGCCUUGUCACCAGGUGCUCCUGUGCUUCUCGGCCAGCAUGGGAGCCAGUGCCGCGCAGGAAUGGGGGGUCCCCUGUGCUCUCUCGCCAGAGGAGCAUUUGCCAAGGUCAGUGAGGGGCCGGCAGGCCCCCGGAGAAGCAGCACCGACAAUGACGACAAUACCAGAUCCCUUCCAAACCCCUUUGCACCCCUCCGACUGUUGGGCGGGGUAGAGGGAGGAGGGGGGGUGGGGGGAGCAUACCCCCGAGAUCUGGGCACAGGCAAUGCAUUCUGAUCUGGAACAAGUCGGGACAGUGCCAUCCCAGCCCCGCAGCCACGGCCAUGCCAACAGGCCCCACCACAGAGAUCCAGACAACCGCACCAGCCAGCAGAAUGGACAUUCCAGCAUCACCAGCCGAAGCCCUGAACCCCGAUGCAGCAGAUAAGGCGCCAGCUGCGUGCCUCUGUGGCGGGACUUGAGGGCGAGAGUGAGGGAGGAGGGGUAAGAAACAGAGUGGGGCCCGCUCACUGUCCCUCGCCAACACGUGCAUUCCAGCCUUGCUGCCUUUGCUCCCUCAAUUCCCUUCCCCCCACCACUGCCUCCUGAGUCCACCCAAAGAAAUGUGUCACUCAAUUUGGACCUAUUCAACCAGUAAAUGAUCCCAUCUUCACUAAAACACCUUCUCCAAGCCCCCAGCCCCUCACUGAUCUUGCUUUCCCUGGUCUCACGCAGUUGUGGUCAAUAUUGUGGUAAUCGCUAAUUGUACUGAUUGUAUAAGUGUGCAUUAGUUGUGUCUCCCCAGCUAGAUUGUAAGCUCCUGGAGGACAGGGACCACCUCUACAAAAAAAUAAAAAACCAGUACCUCCCCCAUCUCGCACCGUGUCCCAGGACCCUGCGGGGUGGUGGAGGUGCACCAAAAA